AUGGUGCUUACCCUCCAUAUCUUCCGACGAAUUGCGGAUGUUGGUGUGAGGCCGAAUGAGUCGCAUUUCUUCAAAUGGGUUGAUGAGGCAUCGGUUGAAGAAAUUAAGAUGGUCAACGGAAAGGUACAGAGAAUAGAAGAAGAUGUGACGGACUUAAGGCAUCAACAUACUCAAAAUUUAGAUCUCCAAAAAGAAAUGUUUGAUAAGCUUGAGGAAGAACUGAGUAAGAAGCUUGAGGAAAAAUUGAUGAAGAAGAUUGAGCAUGAUAUGGGUAAGACAGCUUUGAAGACAAUUUGUCUACUCUCUGUAAUAGGAAUCACAAUUGUAUGGCUAUGA